GGACGGUAUCUAGGGAACGUCAUUCGGCGGAAAACACGACACAAUUUUUAAUACACAUUUUCGACAAGGAGUAGCGCUUACCCCAGCAAGGAAUAUUCUAAAAUAAGUAUAAUGGUUUAUUAUGUACAAACCGUUAAAAUUUGUGUUGUUCGAUAUGCUUUUAGGGAAUUUGACUAAGUUUGGCACUUUGUUGCGAUCAAAAUAAGAGUUAAAUAAUCGGCAUUCGAAAGCUGUAAAACGCUCUGUUCCUGUUUUUCCCAAACAAACGGGAUUGAUAAAGAAAAUACUGUAUAGGCUUCAUAGUGUGUUCAACUCCUCUCCAAAACAGUAGUGAGAGGUAGAGUACUUUCAAGGCCAAAUGCCCAACGCAGAUAAAGAGACUCCCCCUUCUCAUUACCCGAUCGUGACUGCGACCUCAUUGCGACGGAUUGCUACUGCGCACGGGUACAUCGACGCCAUUUUUUUCCCGAGGGAUGACGGGAGAUAUAGGGUAGAUUAAACGAUUUAAAUACAUUUAAUCAAUAUUUUUAAAUCGGUUGUGCAUGUGAGGUACACUCUGAUCCAGCCAGGGCCAUGUAAAGAGGGUUACGACACUCUUUGAUCUAGCCGCGGGUGGUCACGUGGUUCAUGUUGGGCGUGGGUAGUUCACUUCCAAGUUCCAACCACAAGCAGCGCUGUAGUGCAGGGCCAUGCGUUUAGAUUUUGCAUGCAUUACCUAUGCGAUACCCCUUCUCCUCGUAUUCUCUUGGGCGGGAAUUUCAUAAUAAAUCUCUUGGCAUUAACAUUCAUGUCGGCCAGCAUGGCGGCGAAGAGAGGGGCUCUCAUCGUACUGGAAGGGGUGGAUAAAGCCGGUAAGACCACCCAAUGCAAGAAGCUAGUGCAGGCGUUGCAACAGAUCGGCCACCCAGCGGAAAUGAUGAGGUUCCCUGACAGAAGCACAACUAUUGGAAAGUUAAUAAGUGCUUACCUGGAGAAGAAGAGUGAGCUGGAGGACCACACGGUGCACCUUCUUUUCUCUGCCAACCGCUGGGAGAAGGUGCCUGAAAUGAAAAGAAAGCUGGAACGAGGAACCACGUUGGUGGUGGACCGAUACGCCUUCUCAGGGGCCGCCUUCACCAGCGCCAAACCGGGUUUCAGUCUAGACUGGUGCACCAAAUCGGACGUGGGUCUUCCCAAGCCGGACGUGGUUUUGUUCCUGCGCUUGAGCCCGGCCGAAGCAGCUUCACGAGGUCAUUACGGAGAGGAGCGCUAUGAGGACGCCGCUUUCCAGAGCGCAGUGCUGGACCGCUUCACACAGCUCAUGGAGGACCCGUCUGUCAACUGGGAGGUGGUGGACGCAUCCGGCAGUAUUAAUGACGUUCAUGACAACAUCGUCCAGAAAAGCUUGGACGCCGUCGACGCGGCGCAGACGCAACCUCUGGGCGAGCUUUGGAAAUGAACGGCUGGUGUUGCAAACAACAUUGUUGCAUAUAAAUUAGAAUUGCCCUGCAAAAUAGUCGAACAACUUUUUAUAGUCAUUAUUUUCUUUUACAAAAAGGUCAAUUUAUAAAGAACAAAAAUUGGAUAAUGGUAGCGCCUUCACAUAAGAUUAACCGUUACAGUAUGUGUGAGCAAAGGGCCGCAGUGGGUGCGGGUUUUUGUUCAUACCCAUUAAGAGUACACCUUUUCACAAUCUGGUGUAUUACAAUUAAGUGCAUUCAGUUGAUUGCAGGCAGGUGCUUUUUGUUUCUGCUGAAACCUCAUUGGUUGAACUGUCUGUGCUGGACCAAUUGGAACAAAGACCAGGACCCACUGCGGCCUUCGAGGACCGGUUUGCCCACCCCUGCCUUACAGCGUUAGUGGUUGCGACAGUUGACAGCUAACCAAAAGCUGACACUUCAGAACUUCAACCCUUUGAGGGUGACUAUUUUUGAUCAUUAAAAAAAUAGAAAUAUCGUAAUUCAUUAUUGUAUUCAUAUUUAUAUAAUUAAUACAAAAUACACUUAUAAAUACAAUGUUCAGUAACGCUUUAAAGUUUGUUUGUUUUUCAAAGUACUGUACUUAACUCAUUGCAAGCCAUUGAUGGGGAGGAUGACCUUGAAUGCUUGUCUUUCAAUGCCAUUGACGGCCCAGGACGUCUAAACCAUUUUACUGGGAGUGACGAAUGAACCUUAUUUCAUUCAAAAACUUCUUGUUCAGCUUUACAAGUUCAAAAUCAACCUUUAUUCUUAUUAAACCAUCACUUAUAUAAGUAUUCUCUUUCCUAAAAUUGUAUUUUUCUCAUAAAAUGACAGCUAUUCUUUAUUAUCUGUAUAAUUUGUUCAAUCAAUUUUCAAUUAAAAAAUUACCAAUUGAAUUUCAACAUCUAAUAGGACGCUAAUUAUUUAGCCAAUUUUUAAAAAAAAAAGUGUAUUCCGCAUUCUCUGUGGAUGUUCCCUCAGUUGUUUGACUGUUAAGAAAAUACGCAAAUUUAUAGACGUGAUGCCAAAUUUUAAUGACUUUGAAAUAAAUGGCAACGUCUGGCUUCAAGAAACAAAGAAAUCGUGAUCAAACAAUUAGCUCUGCAGUAUAGACUUCCUGUGUGACAGUGUUCAUCAUUCCGGCUCCAACUUUGGCUGCUGUUGCCAGUCCAGUUUUGCAGGUUGGAGCCUUGUCAUAGACCAUUCAUCUUCCACCUCAAAUUUUCAAUUGGAUUAACUGUUGCAAUAAUUCUGGCUUUUAUAACUGCAUAUGCAGUCUGAUAAAAAGUACUUUUUUAUCAUACUAGCUGAUUGCUCAUGCCAGAUCAGCUUUGUAAGUUGGAGCCUUGUCAUGGACAUUUUUCUUCAAGUUGUCCCACUGGUUUGCGAUAAGUAUCAGAUCGAAAAACGUUUAAAUGAAAAAUUUUGGGUGACUUCAUAUCAUGAUAACAAAUGCUUACAGAUCAUGCUUCUGGUAAUUUAUAUAAAAAAAUUAACCACGUGUGCUUUUCUGUGACAGCUUGCAGUCUGAGACAUUUACCUGAGUGCCAAACUGAUUUUAAGCAAUCUGGCUGAAUGCUGUUCGCAGAUAUGUUUUGCAAGUUGUAGCCUUGUCAUGGACCGUUUUCUUUCAUUUCCACUACAGAUUUUCAAAGAGAUUGAUAUAAAUAUCAGAAUAAAGUAAAUGGAAGCAAUUUUGGGUGAUAUUACAUGCGAUGAACAAUGGUAAACAGCUCCCAUUUCUGGAUAAAAAUUGUUUUUGUGUAAUGACACGGAAAAUGCUAACAGCUCAUGUUUCUGGCCAAGUUGGUUUUUGAUUUGAAAUUGAAAAUGGAUUGAAUGAAUAAUAUCCAGGUUCAUUGUCCUUUUUUUUUUCUCAAAUAAAGACCUCAAUUCCUGUUCUGUUUCUUCCCAACAUUAUGCUUGGCAAACAGUUGAAAGUGACUGGACACAUUUUUUUGUGAAAUCUUUUCAGUUAGAGUUUAUUUCUCACUUCCCUCAUGUCAGUCCCAGAAUGUUAGGGAUAGGGGGGAAUUUAAGAAUGAACCUAAACGGUGCAAUGUACAGGAAGUCCACUUGUAUGCAUUUCUGUGACAACCUGCUGAGGAAACUUUGUGAUACUCUUGGCUCAUUGGCCCUCUGAGAACAUGCCUGAAGUUUCUUGUCCUUUUUAGUCACAUGGCCUCGCCUUGCUCUCUUUGCUUCUGAGAGUGGUGAGUGAAUAAAUAAUCUGGUGGCCAAGGAUACUUUUUACAGAGUGGUCAUGUAGCAUCAGUUGAAGCAGGUUAAGGGACGGAUUUGGAGUUAACAGCAGGGGAAGGCAAGGCACCGUUCUGAUCUUAUAAACGUUAGUUUUGCAGUUAAGACUCCCAUGGAAACAAGUUUGGAGGUGAGGAUGCACAUACCAGUUGCAUCCCGCCUAUUCGGGGUCAGCGUUCCUGACCCGGAGCGCAUUUUUUUCCCGUCUUGAAAUGCGGAAAAAGACGAAUCUUUUUUUGGUUUCUUCAUUGAGGUGUUUAACCGUAUUGGAUGGUUGGCGCAGUCCUCACAAAGAAAGAAUCUCGAAUUCUUCGUCCUCGGAAUCAAAGAAGCGCUCUAGGCGGUCGGAAUCGGAGAAAUCUGGAAGCACAAACAGAAGGGUUUGGGUUUCAGUGCCAUUGAUGACGAUAGACGUCCAAGUAAUUUGAAUUAGGAGAGGCCCUCCCAGCUCAGUAAUGGUUGGAUGUCUAUUGUCUACGUAGCCAAUGAGAGCAUAAAUGCUAAUGAUUAUAAAAGGUUUUUUUUCCCUUUAUUAGGCAGUGGAAUAUUUGUCGGUAAUGCCCAAGAAACUUUACCUUUAGGAAAAAAAAAAAAGACAAAAACAGUGACUGACUUUUUUCUUUUUUUGCUUUAGCAACCUAAGGCUCCAAAUAUUCCUAUAAAAAUUUUACAUGUCAACAAUAGAGCUGGGAAUCUUUGGGCACCUAACAAUUCGAUUACGAUUCAGAGGCUCCGAUUCGGUUAUAAAACGAUUAUUGAUGCACCCCCCUCCUUUUUUUUUGUUUUUUUGUUUUUGUUUUGUACAUUAGUUCCAAAAUUGUUCAAAAAUCCUCCCAGGCUAAACCAAACUACUAUUUCAGUAUCAAGUUAACAUAUAACGGUAGACAAAUAUACAAAAAUAACAGUUAAUAAAGAACUCCAGUCCCCAUUCUGUAUCAGAAGCUUUAAACUACAUUCAAUUAAUUUAAUGUUGUGAAUCAACUGUUACAGUUGUUCAAAUUGCUCCUGUUAUUCCAUAAUUUUAAAAAAGUUUUAAAACUAUUUCAUCAUUUAUAGAUAGAGUCAAGACAAGAUUCUGCCGAUGUAGGAGUAUUUUAGAUAAAAAGUUAAUUAGGUGCGCUACAACAGAGCCUUCUAGAGAGGUCUACUGCUUUAAGAUGGCGGCCACAGGCUGUUUUUGCUAUGGGCAAUGUGGUCGUGCCGUGCCGGACUAAUAAAUUAUAUAUAUUAAAAAAAUAUAUAGAGAGCAGGCUCUCUGUAUUGCGCUUUUGCUUGUGCAUGCACGCACAUGAAUGCCGUGGCGCCACCUGCUUUUUCUUCUUGUCCUCCCGCUGUAGCACUUGCGCACGGCCGAGGCACCGCCCUCUUUUUCAUUUUCUCCUGUUCUGGCGCCUUGCGCGUGUACACAACUCCACAACUCCUCAUCCUCGUGGUACUUCUUUUUCAAUAUGGAGCAGCGAGAAGUUAAAAACAAACUGAAGACGGGCGAAUGGAAGAGGCAAGAAUGCACCAGUAGGAGUGAGGUGUGGAAAGAAUUUCAAUUGAUCGUGGAAGAUGCAACAAAAAACUGUGUCGGCUUCGUCGAAUGCAACAAAUAUAUACCCAAAACUUUCCAAGUUGGCAAGAAAAAGUGUUUUGCAUCCCUGCAAGCACCAGCCGCAGCAGCUGCGAGAGAGUUUUCAGCGCUGCAGGCCGCACAAUAGAUCAGUGGAGAACGUCACUGAAACCUGCCAGUGGACGAAUCUUAUUCCUGCACGACGAUGACCAAAAAAUAUAAACAGUGUAGUAAGCCAUAAUAUCCUGCUGUUCAAAUCGCCGUUUUUAGCCCGAGCCGGUCUAGUUAUUUCCCUUAUUUCACAGGAAAAAAAGAGCAGGACAUGAGGCCACAAGUUGCAGACUGCAAUCAAGGCCAGCCCGCAGUUUAAAAGCUUUUAUUUCAUUUGAAUUUUUUUUAAUAAUUUAUUUUUGGUAUCGUUGUCAUUACAAUAAAGAAUGUUAUUUCAAAGCAUUUGUAGUUUUUUUUUUUUUUUUUUUUUUUUGCUGCUGUUCCCUCUCGUCAAUGAGGCGCGUCCAUGUGAGACAUCCCACACACUCAGAAAUAUAUUUAACAAACUUUCCCAGUGUUAUUUCGUUGUAUAAAUGAUUUUAUAAUUCUCAUAAAAAUAUGUAGACUAUUUAGAUAUUGAGUAAACUUGCAUUUUUUUUCUGACAACUGUGAAUUUGUUACGAAAGACACUUAUUUAUGCACACAAAGGCAACAGAAAUGUGAUCCUUUUGAAUCUUCUCCUCUGUGUCUGCAAAACCGCAUUUUUUUUUUUAAAAUAUUAAACUUUCCCAGCGUUAUUUCGUUGUGUAAAUGUUUUUAUAAUGAUAUAAAAAUAUGUAGACUAUUUAAACAUUAAGAAAACUUGCGUUUUUUUCUGCCAACUCGAAGAAAUGAAAAUAAGUUGAUGCGGUUUUUUUUCGCGUCACUCCAACAUUUUUUUUUUUUAAUCGGGUUUUUUUCGGGCUCGGGCCUGCAAAUCUAGUUAUUUGAUCGGGUUCGGGCCGUGUCGGGCUGGAUUUUUUAGGCCCGAACUAGGCUCUAGUCAGAAGAAA